GGGAAAGGUUUAUAGGGGGACGAGAACUCCUCUUUUUUUACCUAGUUUAGCAAAUUUUUCAAAAAAAAAUCACAUUUAAUUUUUGGUGGAGAUCAUUUUGAUGAGUGAUCAUAGGUCGUUUUGACAUAUUAUUCAGCUAAAGAUGUAUAUUCAAACAUAUAAUUUACAAUUAUUAUUUUCCAUGUUUCACAAUGCAAUUUUUUUUGUAAUAAGUUAAUUGUAGUUUAAGAAAAUAUAAAUUAAAUCUCCCGAAUAUUUGCUUUUUCCUGCCAUGAUACGUUCUUGCUAUGAUUCUGAUGAGUAGUUCUAUGGAAAAAAAAAUGUUGUAGAUAAUAGAUUCAUAUGAAAUGUGAACAAAACAUAUUUUAAUGUAUAACAGUCCAUUAUUAGACUCCAAGAAGCAAGACGUGGAAAAUGUUGACAAAAUAUAUGUAUAUAGUCCAUUUAAUGAAAAAAAAGCCAAAACAGCAAGUGCACCAUCAUCAAAGUGGCGGCUUAUGGAGUGCACCACGUGUAUUGUAACCGCCAGACAAUUUGCCGCCGUUUGGAAGAGAUGGUAAUAACAAACAUUAGCAGAGACGAAAGACUCUCUCCUUCACUAUUUUCUUGAAUCAUAUUAUAAUGCAACCAAGAGUAUCAACGUUUGUAUAUAUAAAUUGAACGAUUCAGGACUCGUUGAGUUUAUCAAUUUAGUUUAUUUUAGUGUUUGGUUUAUACUAAAAUGAGUGAAAAAUCUGGGAGCUCUGCCGUUGAUUCUAAAAGCAGUAGAGACGCCAUCUGCAACGCCGGUGCCGGAGCCGCCGCUGGUCAGCUUUCGGUUUUAUCUCAUCUUUAUCUCGAUUCUUGGUUGAUUUUGAGAACUUUCUCAGGCGCAAUCGCUGCCACUUUUGUUUGCCCAUUGGAUGUGAUCAAGACAAGGUUACAGGUUCAUGGCCUUCCUGAAACUCGAAGAGGUAGUGUGAUCAUUACAAGCCUAGGGAAUAUACUAAAGAAAGAAGGUAUUAGGGGAAUGUAUCGAGGCCUUUCACCAACCAUCAUAGCUCUCCUUCCCAAUUGGGCUGUGUACUUCUCUGUUUAUGGAAAGUUAAAGGAUCUGCUCCAGUCAAGUGAUGGAAAGCUAAGUAUUGGGGCGAACAUGGUAGCUGCAGCUGGUGCUGGAGCUUCCACAUCUAUUGCGACUAAUCCACUUUGGGUUGUGAAAACAAGAUUAAUGACACAAGGAAUGAGACCAGAUGUUGUACCUUAUAAAAGCAUGUUGUCUGCAUUUAGUAGGAUUUGUAAGGAAGAAGGAUUCCGAGGGUUAUACAGUGGUGUUAUACCUUCUUUGGUGGGAGUUAGUCAUGUUGCGAUCCAGUUUCCAGUAUAUGAAAAGAUCAAGCAAUACAUGGCAAAAGUAGGUGAUACAAGUGUGGACAAGUUAAGCCCUGGGGAAGUAGCGGUCGCCUCUUCAAUAUCCAAAGUAGUUAGGUCAAAGCUUCAAGAGCAAGGGCAAGUAAGAAAGGUUAAGGCUAAGUAUUCAGGAGUCAUUGACUGCGCAAAGAAGGUGUUUAUAAAUGAAGGAGUUCCCGGGUUUUACCGAGGCUGUGCCACUAACCUACUGAGGACAACACCUUCUGCGGUUAUUACAUUUACAAGCUAUGAGAUGAUCCAUAGGUUUCUUGUACAAGUAGUCUCUCCAGAGAAGGAAAGUUAAAGCCAUAAAAACAGAUAAUUAAGUUCCACGUGAAAAAAAAAAACACAAAGACUCACAUAAGAUAAGAUUUGUGGCCAAAGAGACGAGAAUUUAAAAAGGGAUAUAUGUUUGUUCAUAUAGGAAACAAAUGGUUUCCAUUGUCACAUAAUAAAGGCAAAAAAAUUACUC